GCAUCGGGGAUUCUUUCCAACAACAAUCCUUCGAAUCUUAUGGAGGCUAGGCGACCAUAUAGGGUCCAUUAUUCUAUAUCGCUCGAAAGGAUCAUUUUCCACUCUCCAGAUGCAAGUAAAAAACAGACGGCCUUACACUUUUCUAAUUGUGGUUCGUCAACACCUAUUGAGCGAUUGUAUUUUACCGAUGAUUUGGGAUAUAUUCACUAA